AAAGGGAUUGAAACCAAGCGAAGCGAUUGAAGCGAUCAGAGGCACUACCGCUUCAAAAACGAAGUUUGUGGCUGCCGACUUCCUCUUCCCCCAAAUUUCUCUGCGAACUCAUCGUCUUCACGAGUUCCGACUUCAUCAGCUCAUCUGCGAGAAACAGAUUGAAAAGCUUAAUGGAGUCCAAAUCAUCUAAGACAAGGAAAAAGGAGGAUCCUGGGUGGAACUAUAACCGUAUGGAAGAUCCUAUGAACAAGAGGAGUCGCGUUAUUUGUAAUUUCUGUGGCUUCCCUUCAUCUGGUGGCAUCUACAGAGCAAAACAGCAUCAGAUGGGGGGGUUUUCUGCUGUGAAACCAUGUGAGAAAGUGCCAUUAGAAGUAAAGGAGAAGUUGUGGGCUCUUUAUCAUCAGAAACUGGAAUUGAAUGAGAGGAAAAAACAAAAUGAACCUGAUUUCAACAUUGGUGAUGAUGCUGAUGAUGUUGAAGUUGAACAAGCUGAACGGAAUUCAAAGGGUAAAAGGGCAUCAGUUGAAAAACCAGGCUUUUCUAAGGCGCAGAAAAGUAAGAGUCUAAUGGAUCUAAACCCACAGAAACCGGGAGAAGUUGUGGAUAUGAGGAAAAAACAAGGCAAGCUAAGACAAACAAGCAUGAAUGAUCCUACCGACCCAGCAAGAGAAACAACAAUUCAGUAUAUUGCUAGGUUUUUUGAUGAAGCAAGCAUUUCAUUUGAGGCGGCUCAGUUGGAUAGCUUCAUGGUUAUGGUAGAAGCUAUUGGUCAAUAUGGUCCAGGCUUAAAGCCUCCAAGCUAUCAUGAGCUAACAAACAAUCUCUUGAAAAACCAUCAAGAAAAACGGGCAAAGACUGCUGAAGAUCAGAAUACUUAUGAUGCUGCUGGAUCCUCUGGUGGCGCCACUGCCCGGUCCUUCCCACACAAUGAAGAGCUUAUCGUAGCUAUGGAUCAGAGUAGUGCACAGGAAAAGCUUAGCGCAAGAAUAACAUUUCAACCCAAAGAUUUCAUGGCCUUUUGUGAGAUGCCUGUAAUUAAGGAACUGUGGGAAGCCUUUGGUGAAGCAUACACAGAAACUUCAAAGGGUAAGACAAAGGAAGCACAAGAGUUCAGUGAAGAAUUCAGGUUGCUCGAUGAAGUCAGGCCAGUGGAUAUGACAGAGGAAGGAGAAAAGUUGCUUGAUGGAUGGCGCAAGGUGUAUAUAAUGUUAAGGUUGGGAACACAAAGGGUUAGAUCCAUUGGAACAGGAAGAAAGAAGAAGGAAUUUUUUGAGGAGGAGGGAAUUACUAAGAAGUUCACUAAGAAGUUCAAAGCCGUUUGUUUAAAGUAUAAGCGAGAGGUUAAUAGACAAUACAAAGAAGCAUUGGAGCCGAUUUUUAAGGAGGAUGACAUAUGUCAGGAGGAUGACAUAUGGAAGCCGGAAUAUCUUAAAAUUUUCCCUGAAAUACCGCCAGGGGAUUUCAUGAGACUUCUGGAGGAUGACUUAUAAAGUGGAUUAUUAUAAAAUUUUCCCUGGAAUACCGACAGGGAAUUUCACGGGGUUCUCAAAUGUUUCCUCCAUUUGUGAGAAAGAAUUGCGGUAAAGCUCUGCAAGGAAAAUGCCAUUGACUGCCAGUGCCAUGAAAUCUACUGCAACUGGAUGCAGUGAGUUAUUUUAGUACUGAGUGCAUGAACACUAAUUUGGUCGUUGUGUUGGGAUAUUUGAACUUGAUAUUAUUCGUAUAAACUACAAGGCAUCAC